UUAUCUGCUGUCAAGAUCAGCAAAAAGAUGAAAUUAAAGUUCACUAAGGUAUGGAUUUCAUUUCUUAGGCUACCACUUCCGGUUGAUGUCUACAAAGAGAUGUUGUUUUUAUAGUACACGUGGCAGCUGAAAAGUGUAUAAACGAGGCAAACAUGCACCAUAUAAAUGUGUAUGUGUCAUGCGACCCACCCUCAGUCUGAGUUGCAUAAGAAGUAUCAAAAUGCCCAUUUCUUUUAAUUCUGAAACGCAAAGCAACUGAAAACAGAGAAAUGGCUGAUAUUAAACCUAGUGGUAUGGCCUGUAAUGAAGGGUGCGGAUGCCCCGUUCCUUGCCCCGGUGGUACUGCUUGCAGGUGCUCAACCAUGAGAAGUGGAGCGGGAGAUGACCACAAAAAAUGCGGAUGCGGGGAGCAUUGCGGGUGCAACCCGUGCUCGUGCGCAAGGGCGUCGGAGACAGUCGGAGUUGGGAAGGCUAAUUGCAAGUGUGGUCCUGGCUGCACCUGUGCUACUUGUGCCGCUUAACUGCUUUAAAUCAAACCCCUCGUAUAUAUGUAUAGUGUACAAUAGAGUUAAUCUCUAGCUAGUUUUCAACUACCAGAUCAAUAAAAUAAAAUUUGGUUUUGUAAUAUUAUAUAAUCAUAUUUUUAUUCUAAUUAGACGAGACAGUUAUGUGUA